GUCCGCCCCGUCCCGACCCGUCCCUUCCGUGCCGUCCGUGCCGUCCCGCCCCGCGGACCUUGGCCGGGGAUGCUGGCGGGAUGUCGGGCGCCGCGGCGGCCGUGCUGGCCUGGGCGCUGCUGGCCGGGGCGCUGCUGCCCCCGCCGCCCGUCCGGCCCCAGCCCCUGCUCCACGGGGACCGCGAGGUGCACGAGAAGGAAGCGCAGUUCAACACCACCUACAGCGACUGGGUGCACGCCAACCUGCUCAACAUCUACGCCUUCAACCACAGCGUCCGCAGGAACAGGACCGAGGGCGUGCGGGUGUCCGUCAAUGUCCUCUCGGACCAGAAGGACCAGCCCGUCCUCUUCGUGGUGAGGCAGAAGGAGGCGGUGGUCUCCUUCCAGGUGCCGCUCAUCCUCCGGGGCCUGUACCAGCGGAAAUACGCGUACCAGGAGGUGAGCCGCACGCUCUGCCAGCCGCAGACCAAGGCUGAGGUGGAGACCCAGCACUUCUAUGUGGAUGUGUCCACUCUUUCCCUCAACACCUCCUACCAGCUGCGGGUCACCCGCGUGGAGAACUUUGUGCUGCGGACCAAUGAAAGGUUCAGCUUCAAUGCCACGGCUGCCCAGCCGCAGUACUUCAAGUACGAGUUCCCCGAGGAAGUGGACUCGGUGAUCGUGAAGGUGACCUCAGCCAUGGCCUUCCCCUGCUCCGUCAUCUCCAUCCAGGACAUCCUGUGCCCUGUCUACGACCUGGACAACAACGUGGCCUUCAUCGGGAUGUACCAGACCAUGACCAAGAAGGCGGCCAUCACGCUGCAGAAGAAGGAUUUCCCCAGCCAUAGCUUCUACGUGGUGGUGGUGGUGAAGACGGAGGACGAGGCGUGCGGGGGGGCUCUGCCCUACUACCCCCUCUCCAAGAACUCCUCUCCAGAUGAGCCCGUGGAUCAGCACAACCGGCAGAAGAUGCUGGAGGUCAUGGUGUCACCUGCCAUCACCUCCGAGGCCUACGUGCGCAGUGUGCUCUUCUGCCUCGGCAUCUUCCUCUCCUUCUACAUCCUCACGCUGCUCAUCGCCUGCUGGGAGAGCUGCCGGCAGCACAAGAGGAAGGGCCUCCUGGCAGCCAUGGAUUCGCCCAGCCUGGACACAGCGUCACUCCUGGGUCACUCCCGCAGCAUCCCCAACUCCUUCCUGAACCACGGCCCCUACGACAGCUACGGAUACGGCUCCUUUGGGAACGGCUCCUCCAGCAGCACCGAGGGCAUCACAGACAGCCUGGGCUCAGCAGAAGUCUCCUACAGUUACGUGGGGCAGGAGCAGUUCAAGCGGCGCACGCCCUCCGGCCCGGCGAGGCCACUGAGCAUUCCCAUGGGUAGAUGCUGGUACUGGGCAGGGUCGGGCCAAUCAGGGCGAAAUCUGCCCAGCNNNCCGCGCCUGGACUCGCUCAGCUCCGUGGAGGAGGAUGACUACGACACGCUGGCCGACAUCGACUAUGACAAGAACGUCAUCCGCACCAAGCAAUACCUGUGCGUGGCCGACCUGGCGCGCAAGGACAAGCGGGUGCUGCGGAAGAAGUACCAGAUUUAUUUCUGGAACAUCGCCACCAUCGCUGUCUUCUACGCCCUGCCCGUCAUCCAGCUCGUCAUCACCUACCAGACUGUGGUGAAUGUCACCGGCAACCAGGACAUCUGCUACUACAACUUCUUGUGCGCCCACCCGCUGGGGAACCUCAGCGCCUUCAACAACAUCCUCAGCAACCUGGGCUACGUGCUGCUGGGUCUGCUCUUCCUGCUGAUCAUCCUGCAGCGCGAGAUCAACUACAACCGCGCGCUGCUGCGCAACGACGCCCACGCCCUGGAGUGUGGCAUCCCCAAGCACUUUGGGCUCUUCUACGCCAUGGGCACUGCCCUCAUGAUGGAGGGGCUGCUCAGCGCCUGCUACCACGUCUGCCCCAACUACACCAACUUCCAGUUUGACACCUCCUUCAUGUACAUGAUCGCGGGGCUCUGCAUGCUGAAGCUCUACCAGAAGCGUCACCCGGACAUCAACGCCAGCGCCUACAGCGCCUACGCCUGCCUGGCCCUCGUCAUCUUCUUCUCGGUGGUGGGCGUGGUGUUUGGGAAGGGGAACACGGCCUUCUGGAUCGUCUUCUCCGUCAUCCACAUCGUGGCCACGCUGCUGCUGAGCACCCAGCUGUACUACAUGGGGCGCUGGAAGCUGGACUCGGGCAUCCUGCGCAGGAUCCUGCACGUGCUGUACACGGACUGCGUGCGGCAGUGCAGCGGGCCCAUGUACGUGGACCGGAUGGUGCUCCUGGUCAUGGGGAACAUCAUCAACUGGUCGCUCGCUGCCUACGGCCUCAUUGUCCGCCCCAAUGAUUUUGCUUCCUACCUGCUGGCCAUCGGCAUCUGCAACCUCCUCCUCUACUUCGCCUUCUACAUUAUCAUGAAGCUCCGCAGUGGCGAGCGCAUCAAGCUCAUCCCCCUGCUCUGCAUCAUCAGCACCUCCGUGGUCUGGGGCUUCGCCCUCUUCUUCUUCUUCCAGGGGCUCAGCACCUGGCAGAAAACACCAGCUGAAUCCCGGGAGCACAACCGUGACUGCAUCCUGCUCGACUUCUUUGACGACCACGACAUCUGGCAUUUCCUCUCCUCCAUCGCCAUGUUCGGCUCCUUCCUGGUGCUGCUGACGCUGGACGAUGACCUGGACUGUGUCCAGCGGGACAAGAUCUACGUCUUCUAGGAGCCUGCAGCCACCCGCUGCCCUGAGACCGUGCCAAACG